CAAAACGUGUAAAUUUCGCAUCUUCUGUGCAUGAUUGAAACACGGAAAAGAUUCUCCUGCACAGAAUAUUAAUUGCCAAAUCGACGAUAUGUCCACCACUCACAAGCAGCGCUAUAAAAAUGCCGCCCUGGAUUCCACCGAGAUGCGGCGGCGUCGCGAGGAAGUCGGCAUCCAGUUGCGAAAGAACAAGCGCGAACAGCAGCUUUUCAAGCGGCGUAAUGUGGUGCUGGAACCAGCAACAUCAUCGACAUCAGCGGGAAUGGAAAGCAGCAGCACCAGCAGCGAGCAGCAGACUGCAGACAUGCACAUGGUUGACAGCAGUACAGGCCCAUCCCAUUUUCCCGGGCAGAACGAGGCAGCGGCCGGAAUGGGAGCACAGUUAUCCGUAAUCAACGAUGAGAUGAUUCAGAUGCUGUACAGCGGGCGGGAAACUGACCAGCUGGAGGCCACGCAAAAGUUCCGGAAGUUGCUAUCCCGCGACCCCAACCCGCCCAUAGAGGAGGUUAUCCAAAAGGGGAUCGUACCGCAAUUUGUCACCUUUUUGCGAAACAGCGCCAACGCCACGCUGCAAUUUGAAGCUGCCUGGACGCUGACGAACAUUGCAUCGGGCACCUCGCACCAGACAAAGAUCGUGAUCGAGGCCGGUGCUGUACCCAUAUUUAUUGAGCUGCUGUCCAGUCCCCACGACGAUGUCCAAGAGCAGGCUGUUUGGGCGUUGGGCAACAUAGCCGGCGACUCGCCCAUGUGUCGGGACCAUCUGCUUGGAUCCGGCAUACUAAUGCCUCUCCUGCACGUUCUGGGUAACUCGGAACGUAUUACAAUGAUACGGAAUGCUGUAUGGACACUCUCAAACCUGUGCCGUGGGAAGAAUCCACCCGCAGACUUUGCUAAAAUCGUGCACGGCCUGCCCAUACUGGCACGUCUACUGGACUACACCGAUGCGGAAGUGCUCAGCGACACAUGCUGGGCCAUUAGCUACUUGUCCGACGGACCCAAUGAUAAAAUCCAGGCUGUUAUUGACGCGGGAGUUUGCCGUCGUCUCGUUGAGUUGCUACUGCAUCCACAGCAGAACGUGAGUACAGCUGCCUUGAGAGCUGUGGGCAACAUUGUGACGGGUGAUGAUCAGCAGACCCAGGUGGUGUUGGGAUUCAACGCUCUGCCUUGCAUAAGCCACUUGCUGCGAUCGACGGCGGAAACCAUAAAGAAGGAGUCCUGUUGGACCAUCUCAAAUAUUGCUGCCGGCAAUCGGGAGCAGAUCCAAGCCAUCAUCAAUGCCAACAUUUUCCCCCAGCUGAUGAUUAUCAUGCAAACUGCUGAGUUUAAGACACGUAAAGAGGCCGCUUGGGCCAUUACCAAUGCUACCAGCAGCGGCACCUCCGAGCAGAUUCACUACUUGGUAGAGGUGGGCUGUGUCCCGCCGAUGUGCGAUUUCCUCACCACCGUCGACUCUGACAUUGUUCAGGUGGCGUUGAAUGCACUUGAGAAUAUUUUAAAGGCCGGUGAAAAGUUCCAGGUGCGUCCGAAUCCCUACGCUAUUACCAUCGAGGAGUGUGGAGGUCUCGAUAAAAUCGAGUAUCUACAGGCGCACGAAAACCGCGACAUAUACCACAAGUCCUUCUACAUAAUCGAACAGUACUUUGGCAACGAGGAGGAAGACAGUCGAGUGGCCCCCGUGGCAGGAGAGCAGCAGUUCGAGUUCGAUCCAAACAACAUGCCCAGCAGCGGCUUUAACUUUUAGCAACUGACCGAGCGGAAUAUAAUCAUGUGUGAUUACAUCCUAAAACACUCAAAACACAACAGAAAGCGGCGGCGGCGACUUUCUUGCCGGUAUCUGAGAAGCGAGCAGAACAGGAAAAAAAGAACACGAAACAUCGGCAGGAGGUGGGCGGACAAUGCCUGAGUGCAGUCACUACUAGCAUUUAAGAAAAAGUUGGUCAUUUAGUCGACGCGAUUUUAUGUUUUAUUAGUUUCUAACACAUCGUCGUCGCUCGUCGUAUACAUACAAUUUUAUUUCUGCGAUUUAUUAAUUUUACGCUUUCAAACUUGCAACGCGGUCUAGGACCAGUCAUCAUGACCUUACUCGAGCAUUUCUCCUGCUAGCGAGAUAGCUGACACUUAGUUUAUAUAUAUGUACUACCUUAAAACGUUAUAUACAGUCUAAUGUAUAUAAUGUCUUUGCUUUCUUAGCAUGAGUUUGUAAAUAUUUUUGAUUAAGCCCAAUUAUGUACGUUGAGAGCCUUGUCUCGGUGUUGUUAUUAUACAUUCAUACAAACAAACGAACGAACCAAAAGGAACUUUACUAUAACGAUAACAA